AUGCCUCAACGACCUACCUACCGACCACGCAAGUUUUUCUGCGCCAACCCUAUCAAUGCUCAGUGUCGCAAGGGAUUUUUGACUCGUGCAGGCCUCGCCAACCACAGAAACGCUGUGCACACCAAUUUAGUACUACCCCCUUCUCGUAUCCCUCAACACCAACUGCAGCCCACGGAGCAUCAUCACUUCGACAACAAUGUUGGUCAACAACCCGACACAGAUGUUGAUAGCAGGAGUGACUCCAACAAUGCACCUCCGCUGGGUGCAUACUUCGUACGGCACUCUGUGAUUGAUGGAACUCCUUGUGAUAUGGACGGCAAUCACCUCGAUGGAUCACAACCUCUCCCUCACGAGAAGCCAAAAUUACCAUGGCAUCCAUUUGCCAAUCGAGGUCACUUCUCCCUCGCUGAUUUCGUCUUUCGACAUAACGAAAUGCCGGGGACUCAGUUUGACGAGCUGAUGCACAUCUGGGCCGAGGUCAAUGGGAGUGAGGGCGGAAGUGGGAAGCCCCCUCCAUAUGCUAACAAAAAAGACCUCUAUGAUACCAUUGACACGAUAGAUCAGGGCGAUGUACCCUGGCAGAGCCUCACCGUCCAGCAUGGCGAUGCGAACAGUCUCACUGGUGACCCGUCAGCACCUCAAUGGAAGCUUGCUGAAUAUGAUGUGUGGUUUCGGGACCCACAUAUGUUGCUGUGCAACCAGUUGUCAAACCCUGACUUCAAGGAUGGUUUUGACCAUGCUCCACGCCAAGUGUAUGGUAACAACCAUGAGAGGGUCUUCGGUGAUUUCAUGUCUGGAAAUUGGGCGUGGAACCAAUGUAAUGAACUGUCAGAGGACCCUGAAUGUCACAGCGCAAUGUUCGUUCCUGUCAUCUUGGGUAGCGACAAGACGACCGUGUCAGUUGCAACUGGAAACAAUGAAUACUAUCCGCUGUACAUUUCAAACAGAAAUGUACAUAACAAUAUUCGACGUGCUCACGUUAAUGCUGUUAGCUUGGUAGGGUUUUUGGCUAUCCCUAAAUCUGAUCGAGAACAUCAAAAUGAUCAAGAAUUUCGCGACUUCCGCCGUCACUUGUUCCACAGGUCACUGGAGGCAAUUCUCUCGUCACUUCGACCCACAAUGACUACACCAGAGGUGACAUUAUGUCCUGAUGGACAUUACCGUCGCGCAAUUUAUGGGCUCGGACCAUAUAUUGCCGAUUACCCCGAGCAAUGUUUACUUUCCUGUAUUGUUCAAGGCUGGUGCCCGAGGUGUACUGCCUCAAGAAAAGACUUGGACGAGAAGAAUGCAGGUCACCUCCGAACACAUGAAUUCACUGAACUAUUGAGGGACACAUAUGCAUGGAAAGUGUUAUGGGACAACUGGGGGAUCGUCAAUGAUAUUAUGCCAUUUACAGCCUCGUUUCCUCGGGCAAAUAUUCAUGAGUUGUUGUCACCCGAUCUGCUCCACCAGGUGAUUAAAGGUUCGUUCAAGGACCACCUUGUUACCUGGGUCGAAAAAUAUUUGGCGAAGACAUUCGGAACAUCUAAGGCUGCAGCAACGAUGGCUGAGAUAGAUCGAAGGGUUUCUGCUGCUCCGUCAUUCCCUGGUUUAAGAUGCUUCCCUGAAGGUCGACACUUCAAACAAUGGACAGGUAACGAUUCAAAGGCCCUGAUGAAGGUAUUUCUUCCUGCGAUUACCGGCCUUGUUCCAGAUCAAAUGGCUGACCUAGAUGCACUGGACAAUGCUUUGGCUCGGUUUCAUAAAGAGCGCAACAUUUUCAUUGACUCGGAGCUUUAUGGUGCCCCAAAUGGCUUGUGCUCGUCGAUCACAGAGUCGAAGCACAUCAAGGCUGUCAAGAAACCCUGGAGGUGCUCGAGUCGUCACCUACCUUUAGGUCAGAUGCUCUUGAUCAACCAGCGACUCAAUAAACUUGCCGCAUUCAAGUCUCACCUUGCUGCCCACAGAUUCCUAAACCCAGCCUCGUUGGAACCUGCUGACAUUGAUCAAGGUGACUUUGAGGAUCCUGAUGACGAGUUUGAUCCUGAGGAGGCUCAUUUUAGAGAUGACUCCAAUCUUGAGGAUUACUUACGAGAGUACUCAGCGAUGGAGUACCCUCGUCGGCUUCCCGAAAUUGCUGCAUUUAUCAACUGCCUGAAUCUUCCUGAGCUAGUGGGCCGCUUUCUAUACGAUCAGCGCAAUCCAAAUGCUUCCAUUCAAGCAGCUGAUAUAGUAGAUGUCAGUGUUCUUCCAGUUAUCGAGGGGAGAGUAGAUGUCUUCAACUCGGCUGUUGCAACAUUCCGCGCUCCAAGUGACAUCUGUGGAGUUAACGCAAUGCUGCGCCAGCGUAUUCACAGCUGCAGGUCUUGGUACAAUGGUCCUGCUGGACAUGACUGCGGCCUAUAUGUCGCUCAAGUCAUCCUCUUCUUUUCUAUCACUUAUCGUGGUCAGCUAUAUCCAUGUGCGUUGGUUCGUUGGUUCGCUCCUAUUGGCAAUGAGCCAUGUAAAUCCACUGGCAUGUGGAUGGUAGAACCUGAAUUGGAUGAUGGCAGCGGUGAGCGGCUUGUGUCCAUCAUUCACUUGGACAGUAUCAUGCGUGCAGCACACCUGAUAGGUGUUUAUGGUUCACAAGACAUUCCCCAUCAUCUCAAACACACUGAUUCUUUGGUUGCUUUUUCAGCUUACUAUGUUAAUAAAUUUUCAGAUUAUCACGCUUAUGAAAUCGCUUAUUAA